GGGGGCGGGCCUCCGUACCUCCGCCACCAAACCGAUCCAACCUAAUCUGCUCAGCUGGCCGGUGGGGUGGCUGCACGGUGCUCCCAUUCCCGAGGGGCAGGCCCCAGACCGACGUGCUUCAGGAACCAGACCAUGUGGGGGACACGGCUGGCACUGCCAGCGCUGGUGCUGGCCACCUGCUGUGAGCUCGGUGAGGAGUGCCAGGAGGCCGGAGGGAGCAGUGGGGGCCAGGGAGAGGCAGAAAGCAGGGAGGCUCUCGGGUCCCAAGGCUUGGAAGGGACAGGCCUGCCUGACCAGCCCUGGCCGCACCCUUUCCCAGUGGUUGCCCUGCAAUGCUACACGUGUCCCGAGCCCAUCAGCGUGUCCAGCUGCGACACCAUCACCACCUGCAACGCCAACGAGACCAUGUGCAAGACCACACUCUACUCCCUGGAGACAGUGUACCCCUUCCUGGGGGACUCCACGGUGACCAAGUCCUGUGCGAGCAAGUGCGUGCCCUCAGAUGUGGACGGCAUCGGCUGGACCCGGCCCGUGUCCUGCUGCAACACUGACCUGUGCAACGUGGACGGGGCGCCCACCCUGGGCAGCCCCCGCAGCCUGGCCGGCACCCUCCUGCUGAUCACCCCACUCUUGAGCCUCCAUCUCUAGACCCUGGCCCACAGCCCCGUGUAGCCCAGCCCCCAGCGCCUCUGAAGAAUCACGGCCCACACCUGCA